GUCUAGAGCACAAAAUAUGCAAAUAGGGGAGCCGGGUGUGUGAGGCUUAUAUAUAGGGAGGGGAAAUUUUGACGUUGCAUUUUUGGUUGAACGAGAUCUGAUUUGUGUCAUCUCCCCUUUUCUCGAUCCACCAGAUCCCGUUAUUUCUCCCACAACACUUGAGAAGGGAUGGAGAAAACAUGCUCUCUGCUUGUCCACUUUGACAAAGGAACCCCUGCUCUUGCCAAUGAAAUCAAGGAAGCUCUUGAAGGCCAUGAUGAUGCUGCAAAAGUCGAUGCCAUGAAAAAAGCAGUUAUGCUUUUACUCAAUGGGGAAACCCUGCCACAGCUUUUUAUCACUAUUGUCCGAUAUGUUCUCCCUUCAGAGGAUCACACUGUCCAGAAGCUACUGCUUCUUUAUCUAGAGAUCAUUGACAAAACAGACUCAAAAGGAAAGAUAUUGCCUGAGAUGAUUUUAAUCUGCCAAAAUCUGCGGAACAAUCUCCAACAUCCAAAUGAAUACAUUCGUGGUGUUACUCUAAGGUUUCUUUGUCGUCUCAAUGAGACAGAGAUUAUUGAGCCCUUAAUCCCAUCUAUACUGGCUAAUCUUGAACACCGCCAUCCGUACAUAAGAAGGAAUGCAAUCCUUGCUGUAAUGGCAAUCUACAAGCUUCCACAGGGUGAACAGCUUCUAGUUGAUGCUCCAGAGAUGAUUGAGAAAGUUCUCUCAACAGAAGCAGAUCAAUCAGCCAAAAGAAAUGCUUUUCUCAUGCUUUUCACAUGUGCACAGGAUCGUGCUGUUAAUUACCUUUUGACCCAUGUUGACCGAGUGUCUGAAUGGGGAGAAUUGCUUCAAAUGGUUGUGUUGGAGUUGAUUCGUAAAGUGUGUAGAGCAAACAAAGGAGAAAAAGGCAAGUAUAUCAAGAUUAUCAUAUCUCUAUUAAGCGUUCCUUCUGCUGCUGUAAUUUAUGAAUGUGCUGGAACACUCGUGUCUUUAUCAUCUGCUCCUACUGCAAUUAAGGCUGCAGCCAAUACCUACUGCCAGCUACUACUCUCUCAAAGUGACAACAAUGUCAAACUUAUUGUUCUUGAUCGUCUAAACGAACUGAAAAUUUCUCACAGGGAGAUCAUGGUUGAUAUGAUAAUGGAUAUACUCAGGGCUCUUUCAAGCCCUAAUCAUGAUAUUAGAAGAAAGACACUCGAUAUUGUUCUUGAUUUAAUCACUCCACGAAACAUCAAUGAAGUCGUUCUUACUUUAAAGAAAGAAGUUGUAAAAACUCAAAGUGGAGAACUAGAAAAAGAUGGUGAGUAUCGCCAAAUGCUCAUUCAAGCAAUCCAUUCGUGUGCUAUUAAGUUCCCUGAAGUUGCAAGCACAGUUGUGCAUUUGUUAAUGGAUUUCUUGGGUGAUAGUAAUGUUGCUUCUGCAAUGGAUGUCGCUGUCUUUGUAAGGGAAAUUAUUGAAACAAAUCCAAAGUUAAGGGUUUCGAUUAUAACAAGGUUGUUAGACACUUUCUAUCAAAUUCGAUCUGCACGUGUUUGUUCUUGUGCUCUUUGGAUAAUCAGCGAGUACUGUCUUUCACUAUCAGAAGUUGAAAGUGGGAUUUCAACUAUAAAACAGUGUCUUGGAGACUUACCAUUUUACAUGGCUUCAGAAGAAGGAGAUGCUAAUGAUUCUUCCAAGAAAUCUCAACAAGUUAACUCUAUUACCGUUUCAUCUAAAAGGCCAGCUAUUCUUGCUGAUGGCACUUAUGCAACUCAAAGUGCAGCUUCUGAAACCGCUUUUUCACCUCCUACUGUGGUCAACACAACUUUGACUUCAGGGAAUUUGAGAUCUCUUCUUCUAACUGGUGAUUUCUUCCUUGGGGCAGUUGUAGCUUGCACAUUGACAAAACUUGUGUUGCGUUUGGCAGAGGUUCAGCCGUCAAAAAGUGAAGUUAAUAAAGCAUCGACUCAAGUUUUGCUGAUUAUUGUGUCAAUGCUACAACUUGGGCAGUCUUCAUUUCUUCCACACCCGAUUGAUAAUGACUCUAACGACCGAAUUGUUCUUUGCAUAAGAUUGCUUUGCAAUCCAGGUGAAGAAAUGAAGAAAAUAUGGCUGCAGUCUUGCCGUGAAAGUUUUGUUCAAAUGCUUGCUGAUAAACAACUGAGGGAAACAGAGGAGCUUAAAGCAAAGGCUCAGGUGUCUCAUGCACAACCUGAUGAUCUCAUUGACUUCUAUCAUUUGAAGAGCAGGAAGGGAAUGAGUCAGCUUGAGUUGGAGGAUGAGGUUCAAGAUGAUCUAAAACGGGCCACUGGGGAAUUUGUCAAGGAAGGAGAUGAUGCAAAUAAACUGAACCGUAUUCUUCAACUAACAGGUUUUAGUGAUCCAGUGUAUGCUGAAGCUUAUGUCACUGUUAAUCACUAUGAUAUUGUGCUUGAUGUAACCGUUAUCAACCGAACGAAAGAAACUCUCCAGAAUCUGUGUUUGGAAUUGGCAACAAUGGGUGACCUUAAACUUGUAGAACGUCCACAGAACUAUACUCUUGCCCCUGAAUCAAGCAAGCAGAUAAAAGCAAACAUUAAGGUGUCAUCAACGGAGACAGGGGUGAUUUUUGGGAACAUUGUGUAUGAAACUUCAAAUGUGAUGGAGCGUACUGUUAUUGUCCUCAAUGAUAUUCAUAUUGACAUUAUGGAUUAUAUAUCUCCAGCUGUCUGUAGUGACGCGGCUUUCAGAACUAUGUGGGCCGAGUUUGAAUGGGAAAAUAAGGUUGCUGUCAACACUGUAAUUCAAGAUGAGAAAGAAUUCCUUGAACAUAUUAUCAAAUCCACCAACAUGAAGUGCCUCACUGCACCGUCUGCACUAGAAGGUGAUUGUGGGUUCCUGGCUGCCAACUUAUAUGCAAAGAGUGUAUUUGGAGAGGACGCGUUGGUAAAUUUGAGCAUAGAGAAGCAAGGAGAUGGGAAGCUUAGUGGAUAUAUACGUAUUAGGAGCAAAACACAGGGGAUUGCUCUAAGCUUGGGAGACAAAAUCACCCUUAAGCAGAAGGGAGGUGCCUGAUCAAAUUUGGUUUGGAAUGUAAGAGGACUUGUUUGUCACAUACGGAAGAAGAAUAAUAAUGGUAUAUUUUUGUAUUUGGACUUUAAGACAAGUUGUUUGCUAUUUUGUUGCAGCUGUAGAGUCUUUAUUUAAAUAACGCUUUUGUUAAUCACUUAUGAUAUUUACUGUUUUUUUGCAUAUGAUAUUUACUGUUUUUGUUUGAUCUAA